AUGUCAACUCUUCCCGAUGGAAAUUACAUGAUUGAGUUCGCUAACCCAAUCUGGAAAGGGUGGUUUGUGAGCGUGGAUGAGCCGCGUAACAUGGGUGUCGAGCUAUGCCAAAAAGACUCCAGCAAAGUGCAAGUUUGGAAACUUGUGGACAUGGGGGACGGUUGCAGGAGCUUUCAAGGUGUGUCGCCUAAGGUGGAUGGCGAAAAAUUGAUAUGUGCCAACAAUGACCUGACUGGUAUCCAGGAGUCCUUAUACCUGUUUUACGGUGAUGAACCCUCGAUGUGGCACGUCUUUCGACUUGAGAGUGUUACAGGGAGCCAGGAUACAUUUCGGAUGUACUUGAAAUUCGGUUCUGUUAAGUUGUACUGGUGUACCCAAGGGGGAGCGCUCCGGAUGAUGAACGACUCAACACCAGAUGAUAUAGAAUGGAAGUUUACGAAGAUGUGA